AUGGGUCUCGCAGCGGGUGUCGGUCACUUCUUUCAAUCAAUCGUCGAAGUCAUCCAAGGUCUCUUAGGAGCUGUCGUAAACUUCUUCCAAUGGAUCCUCAACUCAAUUAUUGGUCUAUUCCAAGCCUUUGUCAGCUUCGUUGAAGGCACUCUUGGCUUCGCAAUCCACAAUUUCUUUAUUCUGGGUACCUUGGCCGCGGCUGUAUUCGCAUAUCUCCUCUACUCUCAGAGGCAAGGCACUACUCCUGUUAGCCGUACAAUCAAGAACAAAUGA